UACCUUUCUUCCCUUUCUCCCUCCUCUCUUUCACCCUUUUCUAAUUACCAAAACCUCCGCCACCCUAUCGCCACCAUGCUCUCCACCCUCUCUCCCUCCGACCCUUUUCUCGACAACCCAUUUUCCGCCUUCUCCGGCGGUUUCCCACCUUGGGAUUUCCAUGACCUUUUUUCCGACGACCUCGAGUCCACCACUCCCCUACCCAUCACUUCGAGCUCCGGUUCAGAUGAACCGAACCAAGCCCAAAAGAAACAAAAACCGGACUCAGACGAACCGAACCACCGGGUCAUAGACGAGCGAAAGCGGAGACGCAUGUUAUCGAACCGGGAAUCUGCCCGAAGAUCACGGAUGCGGAAACAGAGACACGUGGAGAAUCUACGGAACCAGUUGAACAAGUGUAGAAUCGAAAACCGGGAACUGAAAAACCGGUUGCAAUUCAUCGUGUUUCACUAUAACCGCAUAAGAACCGAAAACGAAUGGCUCCGGUCCGAGCGAACCGUGCUAAACCAAAGAAUCAACAACUAUACUCAAAUUUUGGUUUACCAACAAUUUCAACCUUUCUCCACUGCAUGGACAUGUAACACUACUACGGUGGAAUAAAGUAUAAACCACCUUGAUUAAUCAAGUAACUAAUUAUGAUUAAUCAAGUUAAUUAAAAUUCUAAGACAAAGUCAUAAUUUGUAUGUAAAAUAUUAAAAUUAGGUAAAAGAGUCUGGGAAUUUUCCGUGCUAUUUUUGGGGAAAAGCUAGGACUGGUUUUGGAAAAUAUUGUUGAUUUUUUUCAAAACCAUAAGGUUGAUUUAUCAUUGAUUAAUAUUAAAUAUUUAUGUAUAAUACUUGUCCUUUUUUUGGUUAAUUAUAUAUAUGGGUUGGCUUUGUUUAUCAAAAUUGUUUAAUACUCUGAGGACAUUUUAUAUUAUUUUUUAUUUUGAAA